AUGCAAAUAUUGAAUAGAUUUUUAAUCAUUGCCUUAAGUUUAACAAUUGUUUUAGGUAAAAAGAGAACCUAUAAUAAAUAUAAUCCUUCAGACUCUGAAAUUGAAAAAGAUGCACAAACUGCCAAAACUUCACAUCAAACAUCUAAUGUUUCAGGGAAGGCCUUUAAUAGAUAUGUUGUAAUUUGGUUAGAAAAUACAAAUUUUGAUAAAGCUGCAGAAAAUUCAGAUAUGGAAUGGUUAUCAAAAGAAGGUAUUACUUUAGAUAAUUAUUGGGGUUUAACACAUCCUUCUGAACCAAAUUAUUUAGCCUCAGUUGGUGGUGAUUAUUUUGGUUUAGAUAAUGAUGGAUUUAUAUCAUUACCUUCAAAUGUUAGUACAAUUGUGGAUCUUUUAGAGUCUAAAAACAUCACAUGGGGUGAAUAUCAAGAAGAUAUGCCAUAUACAGGAUAUAAUGGAAAUGAAUAUAAAAAUCAUCAUUUAUUUUCUAAUGAUUAUGUUAGAAAACAUAAUCCAUUAACAUUAUAUGAAUCAGUUAAUAAAAAUUCAAAUAGAAUUCAAAAUAUUAAAAAUUUUACAACUUUUAAAUAUGAUCUUGAAAAUGAAUUAUUACCUCAAUGGAAUUUUAUAACACCAAAUAUGACCAACGAUGGUCAUGAUUCAAAUAUUAAUGUUGCAUCUUCAUGGUCAAGAAAUUUCCUUGAACCUUUAUUGAAAAAUGAUUAUUUUAUGAAAGAUACUUUAAUUUUAUUAACAUUUGAUGAAAAUGAAAAUUAUUUUAUUAAAAAUAGAGUAUUUGCAUUAUUAUUAGGUGGAUCAAUUCCUAAUGAUAAAAAGGGGACUAUUGAUCAUACAUUUUAUGAACAUUAUUCUGGAUUAUCAACGGUAGAAGUUAAUUGGGAUUUACCAAAUUUAGGAAGACAUGAUGUUGAUGCUAAUGUAUUUGAUAUUGUUGCGAAUAAAUUAGGAAUUCAAAAUAAAGAUGUUGAUACUACUUAUAAAGCUAAUAAUAAACCAUAUGUCGGAUAUUUUAAUGAUGAUUCAAUUGAUUUACCAGCGCCUAAUGUUAAUGCAAAAGGUAAAAAUGGAUUAGGUGUGUUAGAUUCAAUUUCAUCAGUUUGGGCAGAAGAAUAUUCCAAACAAGUUUCAAAUUCUUAUUUUACAUCAACAACUACCACAGUUUCAAUAAGUUUAGGAGACGCAACUACAACUUCUUCUUAA